AUGCUGAGCCGCAAGGGCCUGCAAGAGGCUUCGCGGGAUGCACCAGGCUACAUCCAGCGAGGUGAUGCUAACGGGGCGGCAAUCCAUGCUGACGAUGGCCCGGACUUCGAGGCCGCAAGUCACCAGCCUCAGAGCGAGGGACCGAGCAACUGUGGCUCCGAAACUCUGGCUGCACAGGACCAAGGCCUUGCCAUGCUGCAAAAGGCGAAUGGCAGAUGCAAGCAGAGCACACGGGCUCCCCGUCCUCAACGACUCUUCCACGGGAGCCACUCUGCUCACUGCCGUCUUGCAAAGAGCCAUGAAACUUCAUGGAGCAUCAUUAUUGCAUGGAACCCGGUAUAUGCUCUGGUGCAACUUCUUCAGGAGGGGCCUGACUGGAGGCAAACUGAGCGUUGGCCCUUGGUGAUCUCCUUUUCUCGCAAAGGGUUGUGA